AUGGAUAAAUCAACAAUUCGAGUAUUUAUAAUUGGUGGAUUAAUUCGAUUUUUAUUACCAACAAUAAUUUUCCCUCAAUUAACAUCAAUAUUAGAUUCAUCAAUAUUAUUAUCAACACCAAUAACUAGUUUUAAAUCAAUUCAAGAAUCAAUUUUUUAUUUUUUCCAUAAUAUUGAAUUAUAUAAUGGAGGAAUUAAUCAUUCACCACCAAUUUUAAUAAUUUUAUUAUCAUUUUUAGGUAAUAUUAAUGAAUUAAAUAUGGAUAAUAAUUUAAAUAAAAUUGGAUAUGAUUUAUUAUAUACUAUAAUUGAUUUAAUAAUUGCUUAUAAAAUCAUUAUAAUUAAUCGAUGGUAUAAUAAUUAUCAACAACAAAAACGACAACAAAAGAGGAAUAAGAAAAAAGAAGAAGAAGAAGUAGAAGUAGAAGAAGAAGAAGAAGAACUACAAAAAAAUUCAUUGGGAAAAUUUGAUGAUUAUUUAAUUGGUUGUUUUUAUUUAUUUAAUCCAUUAAUUAUUUUAACUAAUUUAAGUCAUUCAAGUAUUAUUUUCAGUUGGUAUUUCAUAAUUGAAAGUAUUAUACAAAUUAUUCAAUAUGAAAAUAUUUCUCGUUCAAUGAUUUCUUUAGCUAUUGCUAGUUAUCUUUCUUAUAGUCCAAUUUAUUUAUUACCUAGUAUAUUAGCAUUAGGUCAUGUCAUCAUUAGAGAUAAAACUAACUUGCAACAACAACAACAACAACAACAACAACAACCACCAAAAAAGAAUGUUAAAGAUUUGAUUAUGAAAUUAUAUGUUGAAGGAUUAGCAAUUUUUUUAAUUUGUGAAAUAUUAUUAAUUAUGAUAUCAUUUAUAAUUACUGCAAGUUGGGAAUUUUUAGAUAAUGUAUAUUUAACAAUUAUAUUAUUUAAAAAUCCAAGACCUAAUAUAGGAUUAUGGUGGUAUAUUUUUAUUGAAAUGUUUGAAAAUUAUUCAUCAUUUUAUUUAAUUGUUUUCAAUAUUUAUACUUGGAUUUUUAUAUUACCAUUCACCAUUAGAUUUUUCCAAUACAAAAACAAUAAUAAUAAUAAAUUUUUUUUACCAAUUGGUGAUUCAUUUUUAGCAAUAAUUUUAUGUCUUUGUUGGAUUUCAUUUAUUAAACCAUAUCCAAUUCUUGGAGAUUUAGGAUUAAUAUUAUCAUUAUUACCAAUUUUAAAUAAUACUAUUAUUCAAUAUUGUAAAUUGAAAAAUAUUAUCGGAAUAAUAUUAAUUAUUGGAUUAUUAUUGGCACCAAUAUUUUAUUAUAUUUGGAUUGUUUUAGGUACAGGGAAUGCUAAUUUUUUUUAUAGUAUUACUUUAAUUUGGGGUAGUAUUCAUGGAUUAAUUUUAAUGGAUUUAAUUUGGACAAAAUUGACUUUAGAUUAUUAUAUUGAUAAUGAAAUUGAAAUUGAUAUGAAUGAUGGUAUUAGUUUAGCACAAAUAUAA